UAAGGCGGCUGCAGCGGGCAGCGGGCAGAGCCGGGCGGAGCUGCGGGCAGCGCAGUGCGGAGAGCUGAGCACCGCAACCGCAGGGCGGCCUCAGAACGGAGCUCUUCCUACGCUGCUGUGCGGAGAUGGAGACCAUGCACGAGCUGAUCCCCUUCGCUAAAGAGAUGCUCAGCCAGAAGCCCAACAGGAAGAUGGUGAAGCUGUACGUGCUGGGCAGCGUGCUGGCGUUCUUCGGUGUGGUCAUCGGUCUGGUGGAGGCAGUGUGCAGCCCUUUCACCUCCGAAGGGAGGAUAGAGGAGGAGGAGGAGGAGAAGAGACCGACCCCAUCUCAAGAGCCCGCGCUUCCUCGGAAACAGGAGGAUUUGGUGUUGGAGCAGAGCAAGAAAUCAUCAGCGGUGCAGAGGGGGAUGGUGACCAGGCAGCAUGCAUCCUAAGGGACCCACUGCUCACCCGAGCACACGGCUCUGCUGCCCCAAUGUCCCUGGAGAUGGUGGUCCCAGUGAUGGUGGUCCCAGUGAGAAGGGCGAUGGUUUGGCUGAAUGAGGAGACUGCAAAGUGCAGGACUUGAAAGAAAGGAACGGUUUUAUUUGCUGCUGUGCAGCAGUAGGAAAAAAUACCUUUUGUUGGUAUAAAAAUGUGCAAGAUGCACGGCAUGGUUUCUUAUUUUUACUACAGAUGCGUUUUACAAUGUUUUGCAAAAUCAAUAAAUAUUUUAUAUGGUACCAGUGCUCUCUAGCUGC